AUGGAUUCAAGACAGAUUGUUCAACAACAAAACAGAGAGGCAGCAGCAGUCCCUGGGGGUGUCAAGAAGCAGAAGAACAUGGAGGCAGAAAGGAAAAAUCGACGAGCACUUGGCGACAUUGGGAAUAAGGUUACGAUUCCCGAUAUUGAUGGCAAGCCAAUACCUCAAAUCUGUCGCCCCGUUACAAGGAGUUUUUGUGCACAAUUGCUGGCAAAUGCACAGGCUGCAGCAGCUGAAAACAACAAGAAGAAUUCCAUUGCAGUCAAUGCAAAUGGAAGCAUUGUAGUAGAUGGAGCAAUGCCAAAACCAGUGGUGAAAAAACCAGCCCAGAAAAAAGCUAUUACGAAACCAAAACCAAAACCCGAGGAGGUAAUCGAUAUUAGUUCUGAUACAGAAGAAGUUAAGAAGGAGAAGCCUGUAAAUGAAAGCCGGGCCCAUGACUACAUGGAUUCACAACCUGAGAUAAACGAGAAGAUGAGAGCAAUUUUGGUUGAUUGGUUGAUUCAAGUCCACCACAAAUUCGAGCUUUCCCCAGAGACUCUCUACUUGACUAUCAACAUUGUUGAUCGCUAUCUCGCUGUAAAGACAACAUCAAGGAGGGAACUUCAGUUGUUAGGCAUAAGCUCGAUGCUUAUUGCCUCUAAAUACGAAGAAAUUUGGGCCCCUGAGGUCAAUGACUUGGUGUGCAUAUCAGACAGAGCCUAUACCAAUGAACAGGUCUUGCGUAUGGAGAAACGCAUACUCGGAGAAUUGGAGUGGAACUUAACAGUACCCACGCCGUAUAUGUUCCUUGUACGGUUCAUAAAAGCUUCUUUACCUGAUUCUUGUGCAAGUAUAUUUCGACUCGGCUAUGAACCAUAUAAGGUGGAGAACAUGGUCUAUUUUCUAGCCGAGCUUGGAAUGAUGAAUUAUGCCAUUGUUAUGCAUUGUCCAUCCAUGAUUGCUGCCUCGGCAGUCUAUGCUGCAAGAUGCACCCUAAAUAAGGUGCCUGUAUGGACCGAGACACUUAAAAUCCACACAGGUUACUCGGAGCCACAACUUAUGGAGUGCGCUAAACUACUGGUUAGCUUCCAUUCGAUGGCUGCAGAUCACAAACUGAAGGUGAUCUACAAGAAAUACUCGAGUCCUGAGAGAGGGGCUGUCGCGUUGCUGCCACCAGCCAAGUCUCUAUUGGCUGCGUCGUAA